CAUUGGUUCUUCCCUGGUUUAUUUGGCACGCGCAGCGGUGGUGGUAUGAAGAUGACGCAAACUAAUGCAAAGUUAAAAAAUACGAUAACGAUAGGUUAAACUAUGAAGGAGGAUGCAGCAAGAGUUUGGAAUUACCGGAUAUAUUUUGUACACGUGAACAUUAGGCUAUAGAGUGCGAAAUGUUCGGUGUUAAGUGCCUAAAUUGCUAGCUUAAACGUUAAUUGUUUUGAACGCGAAGCUCGAAGAACAUGGCGUCUGCUAAAACGGAGCUGGGGAUUACGAAGGUGCAGCACGUCAACCCGUGGUGGAUCCCCACCUGCCCCCCUAACGAUGGGACCCAUACCUGCGUAAAGCUUUGGAGUCCUUAAGUUCCAGGAGAAGAAUGGGUUUAGGCUGAAACCAUGAACGCAUAGUAUGCUCUAGCAGACCCCAGUAGACUCUGAUACCCGUCUACUCUACGGCUGCCUCACUCCUUUGCUCCUUUUCAUCUGCUUGCACUCCGCUUAAAGAAAGAUCAAAAUUGGAUAACUCUUUCCCCCCCUCCCCCCAAAGCUUUUGUCGACAGCUCAAAUUUCCUGGAAAUUGCACUGAGAUCUGGAUUCAAGAGAAAGUUUCUAUUUUCGGUCCAGGAUAGACCAAGAGGCUUUUGAAGAAAGCACUGUGUUGAAAAUAUCAUAUCCCCCACCCCCACCCCCUCUUUUACUCUCCCACUAUUCCUCAUUCCUUUUCUCCAAUUCCCAGAGGCACCAACUGAUGGAGAGACAAAGGAGAGAGUCAGGAUAAGGACAAAAAUUAGAAAUUCGGAGAGAAGAGGAAAAAACUGUCAAGUCAAGAUAAUUGGAGUAGGACCCCUGUGAGGAUUACUUUACCCAGUUGAUCUUGAUAUCCCAGUUCAGUGAUAUAUAAUGCUCAUUGUUAACAUUUGAAAUCUGUUAGCCACUGCGACAUUAGACGUUACCUCUGGGGUGCGUUAGACCAUAAAGGCAUCAAGUAGAGAAGGGGAAACUUGGGAACUUUGAGCAUGACAAGGGGGUUAAGAUUCUUCUGUUGGCCCCUGUGGCCUGUGGCCUUCUUCAGCCUGCUCACUACAGUGAAGAUGCUGGAAUUUGGUGGGGCGCCUGGCCAGUGGGCACGCUACGGACGCUGGGAAGCUGGAUCAGUGGGCGAGCUGAGCUUCAGUCUCAAGACCAACAUCAGCAAAGCCUUGGUACUCUAUCUGGAUGACGGCGGCAACUGUGACUUCUUGGAGCUUCUCAUCGCUGGUGGGCGCCUCCAGCUGCGCUUCGCCAUCCACUGUGCCGAGCCGGCCACAGUGCACAUGGAGACGCGGGUGAAUGACGACCGCUGGCACAUGGUCUUGCUCACCCGCAAUUUCCGUGAGACCCUCCUGAUGGUCGACGGUGAGACAAAAGUGGCUGAAGUCAAGUCCAAGAGGAAGGAGAUGGCAGUGGUCAGUGACUUGUUUGUGGGCGGGAUCCCACCUGAUGUGCGCCUCUCUGCGCUGACGUCUAGCACCGUGAAGUACGAGCCACCCUUCCAGGGCGUGAUCUCCAAUCUGAAGGUCGGGGAGAUGCCUCCUACUUUGUUAAAUAGCCAGGGCAUUCAGAGCGACCUGGAGUACCUCUGCACCAAACAGAACCCGUGCUUCAAUGGAGGGUUUUGCUCUAUUCAGUAUGGAGAAGUUCACUGUGACUGCACCCUCACCCGCUUCAAGGGGAAGUACUGCAAAGAAGCUGAAGAGUAUGCUGCCGAAGGUCUGGCGCACCUGACGUUAAACGACCAAGGUGACUCCUCUCAAGUCGGUAAGGAAGAGUCGGUAGCCACCUUCAAGGGCAACGAGUUCUUCUGCUACGACCUGUCGCUGACGCCCAUCCAGAGCAGCACCGACGAGAUCACGCUUUCCUUCCGCACGCUGCAACGCAACGGCCUCAUGCUGCACACCGGCAAGUCGGCAGACUACGUGAACCUUUCCUUGAAGAGCGGCGCGGUUUGGCUGGUCAUCAACCUGGGCUCGGGGGCGUUUGAGGCCCUGGUGGAGCCCGUCAACGGCAAGUUCAACGACAACGCCUGGCAUGACGUGCGCGUCACCCGCAACCUGCGCCAGGUGACCAUCUCAGUGGAUGGUAUAUUGACCACCACUGGUUACACCCAGGAAGAUUACACCAUGUUGGGUUCAGAUGACUUCUUCUACAUUGGAGGGAGCCCGAACACCGCCGACCUGCCCGGAUCACCAGUCAGCAACAACUUCAUGGGCUGCCUUAAAGAUGUGGUGUACAAGAACAACGACUUCAAGCUGGAGCUGUCAAGGCUGGCCAUCGAGCGCGACCCUAAAAUCACCCUGAAUGGUGACUUGGUGUUUCGCUGCGAGGACGUGGCGGCCCUGGACCCCGUCACCUUUGAGACCCCCGAGUCCUACAUCUCCCUGCCCAAGUGGAACACCAAGAAGACGGGAUCCAUCUCCUUCGACUUCCGCACUACGGAGCCCAGCGGGCUCCUGCUGUUCAGCCACGGCCGUCCUCAGGGUCCCAAAGAGCAGAAGCCUGGUAGGGAACUGAAGACUGAUUACUUUGCCAUGGAGCUGCUGGAGGGGUAUUUGUACCUGCUGAUCGAUAUGGGCUCCGGGAAAACAAAGCUGAAGGCCAGCAACAAGAAGGUCAAUGAUGGGGAAUGGUGCCAUGUGGAUUUCCAGAGGGAAGGGAGGAAAGGAUCUAUCUCAGUUAACAGCCGCAGCAUGCCCUUCAGCUCCCCAGAGGGCAGUGAAAUCCUGGACCUGGACAGUGAUAUGUACCUAGGCGGGCUGCCCGAGUCUAAGUCGGACCUCAUCCUGCCGCCAGAGGUGUGGACGGCGCUGCUUAACUACGGCUACGUGGGCUGCGUCCGCGACCUCUUCAUUGAUGGCAAGAGCCGCGAUGUCCGCCGCCUGGCUGAGAUCCAGAGCGCGUUCGGUGUCAGCAGCUUCUGCACCCGGGAGCUGCAGAAGAAGUGCAGCAGCACCCCCUGUGGCAACGCAGGUCUCUGCAAAGAGGGCUGGAACCGCUACAUAUGCGAUUGCAUCGGCACCGGAUACCUGGGUACCAACUGUGAGAUAGAGGCGACGGUGCUGAGUUACGACGGCAGCAUGUACCUGAAGAUCAUCAUGCCGGUCACCAUGCACACGGAGGCCGAGGACGUGGCGCUGCGCUUCAUGUCCCAGCGGGCGUAUGGCCUGCUCAUGGCCACCACCUCCAAGGAGUCGGCAGACACCCUGCGACUGGAGCUGGACGGAGGCCGCGUCAAGCUCACCGUGAACCUCGAUUGUAUCAGGAUAGACUGUAGCCUGAGCAAAGGACCUGAGACGCUGUUCGCGGGGCAGAAGCUGAACGACAACGAGUGGCACAUGGUGAAGGUGGUGCGACGAGGCAAGAACCUGCAGCUGUCUGUGGAUAAUGUCACAGUAGAAGGCCAGAUGACUGGUGCCCACACACGUCUCGAGUUCCACAACAUCGAGACGGGCAUCAUGACCGAGCGACGCUUCAUAUCUGUGGUGCCCUCGCACUUCAUUGGCCACCUCCAGGGCCUGACCUUCAACGGGGUGCCCUACCUAGACCAGUGCAAAAAUGGGGACAUCUCCUACUGCGAACUGAACGCCCGCUUUGGCAUGCGUCACAUCAUUGCAGAUCCGGUGACAUUUCGAACGAAAGGAAGCUACUUAGCGCUAGCCACUUUGCAAGCUUACGCCUCCAUGCACCUCUUCUUUCAGUUUAAAACCACCACGCCGGACGGCCUGAUGCUCUUCAACUCUGGAGACGGGAGUGACUUUAUUGUCGUGGAACUGGUGAAGGGAUACGUCCACUACGUCUUCGAUCUCGGCAACGGGCCGUCGCUGAUGAAGGGCAACUCGGACAAGCCCCUCAAUGACAACCAGUGGCACAACGUGGUGGUGUCCCGGGACGCCAACAACGUACACACACUCAAGAUCGACUCACGCACCGUUACGCAGCACUCCAAUGGAGCCCGCAACCUGGACCUCAAAGGGGAGCUGUACAUCGGUGGCGUGACAAAGAACAUGUACAGCAAUCUGCCCAAGCUGAUUGCAUCCCGGGACGGGUACCAGGGCUGCCUGGCCUCCAUGGACCUGAACGGGAGACUCCCUGACCUGAUCGCAGAUGCCCUCCACAGGGUGGGCCAGGUGGAACGAGGCUGCGAUGGACCCAGUACCACCUGUACGGAGGAGUCUUGCUACCAUCAGGGGGUGUGUCUCCAGCAGUGGGAGGGCUUCACCUGCGACUGCACGAUGACGUCCUAUGGAGGUUCAUUUUGCAACGAUCCUGGGACAACGUACAUCUUCGGGAGAGGCGGAGCCCUCAUCACAUACACCUGGCCACCCAAUGACCGGCCGAGCACACGGGCAGACCGGCUGGCAGUGGGCUUUAGCACGCAGCUGAAGGAGGCCGUUCUGGUCAGGGUGGAGAGUGCCAAAGGACUGGGAGAUUACCUGGAGCUGCACAUAGAGCGGGGAAAGAUCGGCGUGAUCUUCAACGUGGGAACGGACGACAUAAUCAUCGAGGAGAGCGCGGUGAUGGUGAGCGACGGCAAGUACCACGUGGUGCGAUUCACACGGAGCGGCGGCAACGCCACGCUACAGGUGGACAACCAGCCGGUCAUCGAACGUUUCCCCUCAGGGAACUUUGAUAAUGAGCGCCUGGCUAUUGCUAGACAAAGAAUCCCAUACCGACUUGGUCGGGUAGUUGACGAGUGGCUACUCGACAAAGGUCGCCAGUUGACCAUCUUCAACAGCCAGGCGUUCAUUAAAAUUGGUGGCGGUGGAGAUAAGGGGCGCCACUUCCAGGGCCAGAUCUCGGGCCUGUACUACAACGGCCUGCAGGUGCUCAAACUGGCGGCCGAGGGCGACCCCAACGUCCAGACCCAGGGCAACCUGCGGCUGGUGGGCGACGUGCCCUCGGUGCUCACUACCGACACCACCUCCACCACCCCGCUGGCCGACAUGUCCACCACCAUCAUGGAGACGACCACCACCAUGGCCACGACCACCACCCGCAAACAGCGCUCGCCCACCAUGAGGGACAGUGUCACGCAGAAUGCAGAUGACCUCUUGGUAGCAUCAGCUGAGUGUCCUAGCGAUGACGAAGAUUUGGAGGAGUGUGAGCCUGGAAAUGGAGGCGAAUUAGUGUUGCCCAUAAUAACCGUGGACUCCCUAGACCCCCCGUCCAUCGCCACCCGCUACCCGGUAAUCCCCUCACCCCCCACCUCCUACCGCCCUUUCCUCACCUUGCUCGAAACCACCAAAGAGUCCCUCCCCUUGCCCGACGGCCGGCCCCCCUGCCCCCCGGACCAGGAGGACUGCGAGGAGGCCGUCGAGGUGUCCGCGUACGGCUCGGGGGAGAUGACCGAGUCGGACGACGAGGACUAUUACAAAAACUCCCCCCUGGUCACCGACAGGACUGUCCUCCCCCCUCCCCCGGCCGCAGAGGGCGGCGUCCAGAACCCCCAAGACCGCCAUUUCUCGCGCUCCCCCGACUCCCGCCGCCCUCCCCUCUCCUCCACCCCCACGGCCGACCCCGACCGGCUCGGCCCGCGCGUCGAGCCGGCCGCCGCCGGCGACAGGAUCCCCGCCGGGAAAAUGAACACCCGGGACCGAGUGCUGCUGCCGCCGGCCCACCCUUCAUCGGACCCAGGCCGCCGCAGAGUCCCGGGAAUAACCUAUCCCCCCAAUUUCCCCCAUGUUCCCACUCCAGACCCCACGUCUCCCGAGAGAGGACUCCCCGGCGCCGUGGAGGUGCAGCAGUCCAGCAGCACCACGGGCAUGGUGGUGGGCAUCGUGGCGGCCGCCGCCCUCUGCAUCCUCAUCCUGCUCUACGCCAUGUACAAGUACCGCAACCGUGACGAGGGCUCCUACCAGGUGGACCAGAGCCGCAACUACAUCAGCAACUCGGCCACGCAGAGCAACGGCGCCCUGGUGAAGGAGAAACAGCCCGGCGCCGCCAAGACCGUUACCAAGAACAAGAAGAACAAAGACAAAGAGUACUACGUCUGAGGGGACGGCGGACGCGCUCGGAGAAGGAAAGAGACGAGAGAGCGAGAGAAAGAGGGAGAGAGAAAAGCCGGCGCGUGGCAAACGCAAACAGAGGGUCGUUCCUUUAAAAGUCAGUAUUGUCGGGCGUCCGUACGCAAAGCGGCGACAUAAAAAGUUAAGUUAACCGCGGCGCGGGUUGUUUGACGUCUCCGGGACCGUGGGAAAGCGCCGCGGUCUGCGCUUCGUUCCGAGGCGAGCUUAAGCCUUCGCCUUAGACCGUAUCGCCGUAUUAUUUUCCACCCGUUUCAAAUUAGCGACUAGACGUCCCUCUGUAAAAAAUCUAUAUACUGCCAGAAACAUUGUGUCAAACCCACCUCUGGAAGUGUUCCGCGUCUCUGAUCUCUCUCUCUCUCUCUCUCUCUCUCUUCCUCUCGUGCGCUCUGUUUCUCUCCUCGUCCGGUGCUAAAGCAGCUGACGCGACGUGAACUAUGCCGUGUUUCAAGCAUGUAGUAUUCAUUUACGAAAAAGAGAUUAAAAACUGUUUUUCUUUCUGUGGAGUUAAAAAAAACAACAAAAAAUAAAUACGACGACGCUCGACCGUCGUAACAACGUUAAACGUAGCGACUGUGUGAGAUGCCGCAGCUCCGACCUAAACGGACGCCGACCCGUGCGUUUAGCCGCCAAAAACUUGUCGAGGCCAAAACCCCCUUUGGUCGUCCUUUGUUCCAGCGGAUCUGUGUCGUGUUUCUGGGGUUUCGAGGCGCCCGCCCCCCGGCGGGCCGGGCAGAGAAACCGUGUUGCGUCCUUAAGGUUAGCGAUUAACCGAAGAAAAAAA